AUGGGUUCUUUGGGGUCCUAUUGCCAGAUGCAAAGGAUGAGGAAAAGGCACUCGGGGGGCUUGGUUUGUUGGACUGCAUUGUUUGUCAGUGCAGAGAUGGAUGCCUGGAUUCAGAGGUUCAACGACGAAGGUUUCCUCGGUGGUGAUGCUGUGGAAUACGAGGGUUUGCCACUAAUCUGCUACAAUUGUGGGUUUCUAGGACACAAUAUUGCCUCUUGCACGACGGAAUUAAGGAUGCAACCCCCAGUAGUUAAAACGACGACUGAAACCGAUGAACAGAGGGCGGAGCCAAAGGAUGGAAUAGAGGGGCAUCAAGGUGGGAUUAUUAACCAGAGUAAUGGGAUUGAAGGGGACGGCCAUAGCAACUCUAUAGCCAAAGCAGCAAGAUCCUGGCGGCUCAAGGUUCAACGUACUUGCAAGGAACCUGACAAGUGUGCAGAGGAAGCUCCAAUGGUUCCAAAACAGGGUAAAAUUGAGGACAUCUCAUUUUCUAGCUCGAAGCAAGCGGAGGCCUAG